CACACCCCUCCCCCCGGCUACCUAUUUGGAGCCCCCGAUACUUUGUACUUCGUACCCUACUUCGUACCCCCCGUCCCUUUAUGUGAGUCCACCCGAACAGAACAUAUCCCAUCCCGUCCCCAACCCGUCCAAGUGUGCCUGACCGACCCGGCCAUAGAUAUAUCCUCCUCUGCCCUCCCACCUCACACCCCUAGGUGCUUCUUGCUCUCUCUUUUGCUUCACCAAACGAGUAACUCUGCAUUACUCCUCCCUCUGAACAUCUUCUCAACUCCAAGCCCAUACCACCGGCCUGGACACUUACACCAACCUACCUGCUAGUCAGCUGCCACUAUUUGCUGUAGACCAGCUGCACUCUGCACUUGGAGAGUCGACUGAAACCGCCCAGUCUCAGAUUUCCUCGAGGGAGAUCGCGAACUUCACGUCACCGCCAACCAUGUCUCUGGCCGGCCAGACUAUGCCCGCAAGGGAGUCGGUACAUUCCAGCCGAGAGGACCGUGUUACCUCCACCAUGACAGACAAGAAGGAUCAGUCACAAAGGACCUCUUAUAGAGACUCGCUUCCCAACGCACCACGACCAUCCGUCCAAAACGACGACGCCCCGAACGAGAACGAGAACGCAAAGAUGUACGGAGACUACUACGAAGAGAUGACGGGUCCUUCCCCCAAGAAGGCCCAACCCACACAAACAGCACCAGCACUACCAGCCAAGAGCUCAUUGCGAGCUUCCAGACUCCUCGACGGCAUGGCCCUCAAGAUCAUCACAAACCAACCCGCCCAAGCAGCACCCCAAGAAGUCUACCUCUCUUCCGAAGAGGAGGCUUCCUCCUCCGCCGACGAGUUUUCAGACUACGAUUACGAGUCCGAGAGCGCAGAGUCCGCCGACUCCCCCGUCCGCAGAAAGAGCCAAGAGGACACUGCCCGCGUCGUGUCUGUCGUCUUCGCCGGAAAGCCCUCCAUCAUCGACCUCCCCUCAACAAGAAGAUCCGCCUCGCCCGAGUCCAUGGAGUCCAGCAGGCCCCCGAGUCGCUUGGUUAUCUCAUCAACAGCACCCUCACUGCGCAGGAUGUCCACCUCCUCCACCAGCGGCGCCUCCUUCUCUCCCGUCUUCCACCCGCCCAGGUCAAGCAGCAUGAUGAUCACGAGCAGCAUGCUGCCCAAGGAGAAGCCUUCCUUCCUCAGCAUCGACCCCUACGCCAGCAAGCCAUUUGACGAGCGGGCCGAGGAGCAGCAAGCGGAGCCUGAGAAGCUCGAGAGACCCAAGACUCCCACUUCUCAACUAUUCAAGAGGACCCUCAGCAUUGUCCGCAAGCGCAGCCGUCCUCAGCUGAGAGACCUCGCUGCCAACAACUCGUCUCGCGACCGCCUGUCCUCGCCAUCACUGGGACACCUCCCCUUGUCGGCCCACGCAGACAUUAGGGAAGAGCCCGAGCAAAAGGCGCCUUGGUCCGCAGUCAGCUACCACGAUAUCAUGCGUGCGGCCAAGAAGAACGCGCAGAACCAGCCCCCGACCCCAUCCACCCCCGUCGCUCAAGUACAAUCACCUAGCUCACCGGCGGGCAACACCCGGAGCCGAAUCCUCAGCGGCUUCACCAACCGCAGGAAGAGCAUCAAGAUUGGCUAGUCGCCGGUCACACACCAAAAGAAAAAAACUAAAAAACCAAACACAAAAGACACAUUCGACACACAACGGCAGGGCACUUUGCUUCCAUUACUUUUUUUGCAUUCGGGUCGGGACCAUUUGCUUUGCAUGCACGGCGCACGAACGGGGACCGGAACUGGAUCACGGCGUUUCACAUUGACCUUCGGGUUACGGACUUGGGGCUCGGCCAACACUCCUUUCUUCAAUUGGCGCAGGGCAAUCUUCUCUUUUUUUUCAAUAACGACGGAAAGAAUUUCUUUGCGUGUACAAAUGGGGGUCGAAGUAAUGUGUAAAGGAACAGUGGUGGAGGGAGAGGAACCAAAAGCCGCAAGAACAUACAACAAAAGUGUAUGGUCACUGGCAAUGUACCAAAAAUGGGACGGGAAUAGGCACGCCAGAGAGCGAUGGCCUUUUACAACCGGGCAGCCGAAUCGGCCACACCCCCUUCCGCGAGGCUUCGGGGGUGGCGCGGGCUAGUAGACAACCAAUCAAUGAUACCAAAC